UGGGACCAAACCCAACACAAGCAAUUCGUCGAACAGCUUAUCCACCUUCUCAUAGUUGCCUUCCAAGACUAACACUUCCAGGACCAAGUUAUAGCAUUUCAUAUCAGGAAACCCACAAUGUCAAACUCAUCACAGCCAUUUUGUUCACACAUUGCUGAUAGUAUCAAUGAGCAUAACUUCCCAUCGGUAUCGACCCCGCAUUCGACCAAAUUUCAGGGUCAAACUUCAUUCACUUUCUUUUAUUUUUUAAUUCUAUGCCAUUUGGCUCGGGAACCGAGGUAGUAUCAUUUUUCUUACUCCGGUAUUUGCAUAGUGAUGAUGGCCGGGUCAAGCAUCCCUUACCCGCCACAGCCGGUGGCUACGGCGCCGGUCAUCGGCCCCCAAUUCGUCGUUCCGUACACGGUGGAUCUGGCUGUGGUGAGGGAGGUGCUGACCCUCCAAGAAGGCAAAUUCAAAGUGGUCGACGUGAACGAGAACGUUAUGUUCAGGGUCAAAAGCAAGCUCCUCAGCCUUCGCGAUCGCCGGAUCUUGCUCGACGCCGCCGGUAAUCCCAUCGUCACUUUCCAACAAAAGAUAUUCUCUGCACACAGAAGAUGGCAAGCGUUCAGGGGAGAAAGCACAGACCCAAAGGAUAUGUUGUUCAGCGUGAAGAAGUCUUCUCUUGUACAGCUGAAGACGAAGCUGGACGUGUUCUUAGCGGCCAACACUAAAGAAGAUGAUUGUGACUUCCACGUGGAGGGGAGCUGGCUUGAAAGAUCGUGCACUAUAUAUGCAUCAGCAGGAGGAGGAGGAGGUGGAGGGGGUUCGUCGUCCUCAGCCAUUGUUGCCCAGAUGCACAAGAAACACACAGCCGGGAGCGUACUGGCUGGGAAAGACCGCUUUUGGGUGACGGUCUAUCCUAAUGUCGAUUAUGCAUUCAUCGUUGCCCUUGUUGUCAUUCUUGAGGAGAUCAACCGGGACAGGUCCGGCGAGGACUAAUCCACAUUAACCAAGAGUCCUCUCCACUCCAAGAAGGGAAGGAAUGACAUGGUUAUGUAUGCGCCGCCCCUCCCAACCUUAAUACAACAUUCCUCUGUACCUUAAUAACCUGAAAUUGGUAGCAGAUUAUCCUCACCAGUUCAGUCCUAUAAGUAAGAAGACUGCUCUUUAAUGCCAUUUGUGAGUUCAUUUUUAUGGCCAUGGCUUACCAUCUUAUGUGAUAUAGUAUGCACUUUGGUACUUCUAAUUCAUUUGGCAUUUGCCUUAUGCUUUAUGUAGAGUUGGAAAUCACUUGGAAUUCGUCUUCUUCCUCUCCUUUUGAAGGGCAACUAUGUUUCUCUUUUAUUCGUCGUAUCGAACCUUGUCAUCUCCUUCGAGAACAUGGUGGGUGACGCGUUGUGGCUGCCUGGAACUGGUCACCUAUGUGCCGGCAAAGCUCGGCAUUAGUGGUCGGCUAUGAACAGGCAAAGAUGACUAGCAUUUUGCCUAUAGUUUUGAAUACGUAAAUGUUACUCCGUAUAACAUUUGAAACAUUAAAACUAGUCAAAUUAU